CUCUCUUCUACGCGUUGCCUUUGCAUUCUUUUAAUUUUUUAGAUCACAAAAAAAAGCAUUUGCUACGCUACGCUGUAUAUAGUUUUGUAGUCCAUCAGUUUCAUGCUUUUUAAAUAUUUCUUAGAAUUUUGAGACUCACACACACCAUUCAUAUUACCAAGCUUUCUUCUAAUGGCUAUGCUACCAUCAUCCUCCUCCUCUUCCAUCACCUAUGCAUUCUCGUAUGAUGUGUUCCUCAGUUUCACCGGCUGUGAUACCCGCCAAGGUUUUACUGGCAAUCUCUACAAAGCUCUGGAUGAUAAGGGAAUCCACACAUUUAUUGAUGACAAGGAGCUUCACAAAGGGGACGAAAUCACCCCAGCACUUGAGGAGGCCAUUGAAAAAUCUAGGAUUGCCAUUGUUGUGCUAUCUAAGAACUACGCAUUUUCUUCUUUUUGCUUACAUGAACUUUUGAAAAUACUUGAAUACUUUAAGAAAAAUUGUCGCCUCGUUUGGCCUAUAUUUUAUGAUGUGGAUCCGUCUGAUGUGCGAAAGCAAACAGGAACGUAUGGAGAAGCAAUGACGUUGCAUAUGAAUAGAUUCAAAGAUAACAAGGAGAAGUUGCGAAAGUGGAGGACAACUCUAGAACAAGUGGCUGAUUUGUCUGGCUGGCAUUUCAAACACGGAGAUGGAUCAUAUGAACACGAGUUUAUUGGAAAGAUUGUUUCUGAGGUCUCAAGAAAUAUUAAUCGUGUAGCUUUACCUAUUGCUGACUACCCAGUUGGACUAGACUCUCAAGUGAGGGAAGUAAUUUCACUUUUGGAUGUAGGAUCUGAUGAUAAAGUUCACAUUAUAGGGAUCCAUGGAAUAGGUGGGAUAGGUAAAACGACACUUGCUCUAGCAGUUUACAACUUGGUUGCUGACCAAUUUGAAGGUUUAUGUUUUCUCGAAAAUGUCAGAGAAAGUUCAAAUAAACAUGGGUUACUUCAUGUGCAAAAAACCCUUCUUUUCGCUGUACUUGGAGAGAAGGAAAUUGAGAUAACAAGUGUCAAGCAGGGAAUUUCAAUAAUAAAACAUAGGCUCCAACAAAAGAAGGUUCUUCUGAUUCUAGAUGAUGUUGCCGAGGAAGAGCACCUGAAGCAAGUUGUUGGAAGCCCUAGUUGGUUUGGUCUUGGUAGUAGAGUCAUCAUUACGACUCGGAAUAAACACCUUCUAGAAUGCUACAAGGUCGAAAGAACUCAUGAAGUCGAAGAGUUGAACAAGAAGGCCUCUUUUCAAUUGCUCAGAUGGAAAGCUUUUAAAAAUGAAGAAGUUAGACCAGGUUAUGCGGACUUGUUAAACCGUGCAGUGGCGUAUGCUUCUGGCCUUCCAUUGGCUUUGGAAGUAAUAGGUUCUAACUUGUGUGGAAAAAGUGUACAACAAUGGAAAUCUGCACUAGAACAUUAUGAAAGGAUUCUUGAUAAAAAGAUUCAAAAGAUACUCGAAGUGAGUUUUUAUGCUUUGGAGGAAAAAGAGCAGUGUGUUUUCCUAGACAUUGCUUGUUGCUUAAAAGGAUAUAAAUUUGAUGAGGUCAUAAGUAUACUCAAUGCUCAUCAUGGCCAAUGCAUAAUAUAUCAAAUUGGAGUGUUGGUUGAUAAAUCUCUCAUAAAGAUUAAUUGGUAUGAUCAAGUUACAUUACAUGACUUGAUGGAACGCAUGGGUAAAGAAAUUGUGCGGCAAGAGUCACCAGGAGAGCCUGGAGGAUGCAGCAGAUUAUGGUCUAAAAAAGAUAUAUUUGAAGUUUUGGAAGAAAAUACGGGAACCAACAAAAUUGAAAUGAUACAUCUUGAUUACGCGUCAAUUGAAGUAGUGGAUUGGGAAGGAGAGGCUUUCAAGGAGAUGAAAAAGCUCAAAACACUUAUUAUUAGAAAAAAUAAUUUUUCUAAAGGUCCAAAGUAUCUUCCUAAUAGUCUAAGAGUACUGGAGUGGUGGAAAUAUCCUUUACAACAUUUGCCAAGUGAUUUUCAUCCAAAUAAACUUUCCAUAUGCAAAUUACCUGGAAGUAGCUUUAUGUCUCUGGAGUUUCUAUGUUUAUCAAAGCAGAAGUUGGUGACAAUGAAAGUUUUAAAUCUCAACAAUUGUCGAUAUUUAACACAGAUACCAAACCUAUCUAAUCUCCCAAAUUUAGAAGAGCUUUCAUUUGAAUUUUGUGGAAAUUUAAUUACAAUUGACCAUUUAGACUGGUCGUUGGACAAACUUAAAAUCUUGAGUGCUACUGCAUGCUCCCAGCUUAGGAGUUUUCCACCUCUCAAGUUGCCCUCUCUUGAAAAACUCAAGUUGUCAAGUUGCUCAAGUCUUGAGAGUUUUCCAGAAAUAUUAGAAAAUAUGGAAAAAAUAACCGAGCUGGAUUUAGACAAGACCAACAUGACAAGAUUUCCAUCUUCAUUUCGAAAUCUUGCCGGACUUAAAAAAUUAGAAGUGACUCAAUUGCUACCAUCAAGGAGCUUAGUCUUGAUGCCACAGUUGGUAAAACUCUCCAUCUUAAAGUCGUCAGGGAGAAUAUUGGAAAUAGAGGGUGAUGAAAAUAUGAGCUCAAUGUUCCAGUCUUCAAAUGUAGAACAUAUUAAGUUCUCAUGCUGCCACCUGUCAUAUGAAUUUUUGGCAUCAGUUCUUCCGUUGUUUGCUAACUUGAAAGAACUAGACCUAAGACAGAGUGAGUUCACAAUUGUUCCUAAAUGCAUCGAACAAUGCCGCAUUUUAAGGACUCUUCUCUUGAAUGAUUGCAAGCAGCUUCGGGAAAUUGAAGGGAUUCCACCAAGCUUAAAAAUCUUAUCUGCAAUAGGAUGUGAAUCCUUGAGUUUAUCUUGUAGAAGCAUGUUGCUGAAGAAGGAACUACAUGAGGUUGGAGGCACAGACUUCGAAUUGCCAAGCCUUCCAUAUGAAGAGUUAUAUGGUUUUAACCCGAUUCCAAUGUGGUUUAAGCACGGGGACGCAGGUUAUAUGGUUUUAAUCCCGUUUUUCAACCACUUUAUCUUCUGCAUUUGUUUUCCGUAUGGGAAGGAAUAUGGUGAGGUAAAGAUCAUGCUCAAUAAUGAGGUAAUUACAGAGGUUUAUGUAACUGGGGGUCAUAUACGUCUUGUUAGUGUUAUGAUCAACAGUAAAGAUGAGGAGAACCAUUUGGAAGUUCAGUGCUUAUCUAAAGAAAAAAAAUUGGAAGUUCAGUCUAUAUCUUCAUUGAAUUAUGAUUUCGUUUGUGGAAUACAUCCAUUGACAUGAAAGAUCAGAGAAGAAGAAAUGCAGCAUAGAAAGAAGAACUUCAAAGUUAACCGCUGAUUAGCUUGGUGCCUAGGUCCAAAGUUCAUAAUCAAUAGCACAAUUGUUCGUUUGUCCUCAUGGAACAAAAAUAGAGAAAUCAAUGAAAUAUUGAAGGAAAUAUGUAUGAGGUAACCACUAUAUGUUGGAUAUUUGAUGGAUUAGCAUUAAUCAUUUAAUUAAAAUAUGUAAUCUUUGAAGUA